GGGAGAUUGAUUGCGACUUGAGCUUUCUGAAGUUACAGCAUCAUGCCGUUUGCACAACUCGUGAUUGGGCCCCCCGGGGCAGGCAAGUCGACCUACUGCAAUGGCAUGCACCAGUUCCUCGGGGCGAUCGGCCGCAAGUGCUCGAUUGUGAACCUGGACCCCGCCAAUGAUCAGACCUCGUAUCCGUGUGCGCUGGACGUCCGCGACCUGGUGACGUUGGAGGAGAUCAUGAGUGAGGACCAGCUGGGGCCGAACGGCGGGGUGCUGUAUGCGCUGGAGGAGCUGGAGGAGAAUUUCGAUUUCCUCGAGGAGGGGCUGAAGGACCUGGGAGAUGACUACGUACUAUUCGACUGCCCCGGGCAAGUCGAGAUCUUCACCCACCACUCCUCCCUGCGCAAUAUAUUCUUCAAGAUUCAGAAGCUGGGGUACCGAAUGAUCGUGAUCCACCUCAUCGACUCCUACAACCUCACCCUCCCCUCGAUGUACAUCUCCGCCCUCCUUCUCUCCCUCCGCGCCAUGCUGCAGAUGGACCUGCCGCACCUGAACGUGCUCACCAAGAUCGACAACCUGUCCAACUACGCCCCGUUGCCAUUCAACCUGGACUACUACACCGAGGUUCAAGACCUGAGCUAUCUGCUGCCGCAUCUCGAAUCCGAAUCCUCACGCCUGUCGCACGAGAAGUUCGGCCCGCUGAACCAGGCCAUUAUCGACCUGGUGGAGGAGUUCGGUCUGGUGGCCUUUGAGACGCUGGCCGUCGAGGAUAAGAAGAGCAUGAUGAACCUGCUGCACGCCAUCGACCGCGCCAGCGGGUAUGUGUUUGGGCCGGCCGAGGGCGCCAACGAUACCGUCUGGCAGGUGGCGGUCCGGGAAGGGCUGGGCCAGAUGGACAUCCGGGACGUGCAGGAGCGGUGGCUGGACGCGAAAGAGCAGUACGACGAGCACGAGCUCAAGCAGCUGGAAGCCGAGGCAAAAGCGCGAGAGCAGGCGGCUGGUGGUGGUGACGGCGCCGAGAACGACGAAGACGACGAAGAAUACGGGGAUAUGGGGCGAGGCUCGAUAUCAAAUAGCGGCGUGAAGGUGAUACGAAAGUCAUGACACAUUUUCUUCUUUCCUUAUGUUUGAAAAGUUUCUAUACAUUGUAUAAUAGGGUAUCUCUAGUUAAUAUCACAAAGCCGC